AUGGAUGGGUACAAGCUGUGGUACUUAAAGAGUGAGAGGCGUGGGAAUGGUGUGGGUAUCUUAGUGGAUAAGGAGCUUAGAGGACAGGUGGUGGAGGUUAAGAGGGUCAGUGAUAGGAAGAUAAAGAUUAAGUUGGUUAUUGAGGGUUUUACGCUGCAUGUGUGUAGUGUUUAUGCACCGCAGGUGGGCCUGGAAGAGGAGGUGAAAGAAAAAUUUUGGGAGGAUUUAGAUGAGGUGGUAAGAAGUAUGCCUAGCUCAGAGAAAAUUAUCAUAGCAGGGGACUUCAAUGGGCACAUUGGGGUCUUAUCGGGAGGCUAUGACGAUGUGUAUGGAGGUUUUGGUUCUGGUGAUAGAAAUGGUAAGGGAGCUUCUCUAUUGGAUUUUGCGAGGGCCUUUGGGCUGGUGGUGCACAGGCUUCUAGUGAUGGACUUGUCUAUCAAGAAGAGCAAAAAGAGAAAGAAGAGAAGGGCUGGGGAGGGUCGACCUAAGAUUAAGUGUGGUGGCUUGAUGCCAGUUAGUGCUCUAGAGAUAAGGGAAAAUAUGGCGGGAAUGGGGUUGUAG